UCCUGAGUGGUAUCAGCCAGAAGAUAGAAGCAACAUGGACAGAAAGUUGGUCAUCCCAUCUUUGUUUUUCGCGGCGAUCGCCGUCAUAUUCGUCGCCUCUGCUGUCAAACCGUCUGACAAAGCUUCCCUGAAGAUGAUUAUGGACUUGCUGAGGAUCCCCCAAACGCUGGAAAGGUUUAAGACCGGGAACGAGGUUGAGUAUCAAAGUCAUGACCUUCGAGUUCUGAAGUUCAGCUGGCACAACUGUGGGUCAGCUGAUGAUCCAGUCAAGGUCAAGGACGUGACCUUGACCCCUGACCCAGUCAAACUGCCAGGUGAAGUCAAGACGGGGUUCACCGCUCAGCUCCUCAAGACUGUGGACAAACCUAUCAAGGCUGCGCUGGUCAUUAAGAAGAAGGUGCUGUUUGCGUGGAUCGAGGUCCCGUGUGUUGACAGCGUGGGGUCGUGUACGUACACCGACCUUUGCGCCAAGAUUCCCGGCAAGCCAACGGACGCGUGUCCGCCACCACUCAGUACAUACAACAUCCCCUGCCACUGUCCAUUCAAGGCCGGGAACUACACCCUACCACCCAGCAACUUUGACCUGCCCAGCAUCGGCAGCCUUCCUGAGUGGCUGGAGGAGGGAGACUACUCUGUGCAGGCCACCAUCAGUUCCAACAGCACUCGACUCGCCUGCUACAGGGCGGAACUCUCACUCACUAAGUGAUUAACAUCAGGAGAUUACAAGUGCCUUUUUCCAUCAGUGUUAUUCAAUAACACUGGUACAUGUAUCUUAGGUGGUUAGAGCUGUAAGGCCUAGGAAAAAAAUGUUGUGUUUCCUGCUUCAGUCCAGAAAAAAAUAG